GUAUACUCUCCAAGUCAUCAGCUAGCAAGGACAAUUUAAACUAAGGGAAACUAGAGAAGGAGCUAGUAAUUAAGUGGGCAAGGCAUUAUGGGCUCGACCGUGAUUCCUAUUCCAGAUGAACAGGGGAGUUCUGUCGCCCAAGAGAAAAAGAAAUCUCAGUUUUCUCUUUUACCCAUUAUUUCGUUUCUUACAAACGAGGAUGACAACAGAAAAUGGAUUCACAGUAUCAAGGUUGGAGUUGCUCUUGUCUUGGUUUCUCUUCUUUACUUCCUUGAUCCUCUCUACAAGGAAGUUGGAGAUGAUAAUGCCAUGUGGGCUAUAAUGACAGUUGUUGUAAUAUUUGAGUUCUACGCAGGUGCUACACUUGGCAAGGGCUUAAAUCGUGGAAUGGGAACUAUAUUGGGUGGUGGAUUGGGAUGUUUAACGGCAACUUUAGCUGAAGCAGUUGGUGGGAGCGGCAACUCCAUUAUUGUUGGUGCUGCUAUGCUAAUAUUCGGUGGAGCAGCAACAUAUUGUAGAUUGAAACCAAGCAUUAAAGUAAGAUAUGACUAUGGAGUAAUGAUAUUCAUCCUUACAUUCAGUCUAGUUGCUGUAUCUGGUAUGCGUGAUGAGGUCAUUGAAAUAGCCCGUGAAAGGCUCUUGAUGAUCGUUCUGGGUUUUGUGAUCUGCCUUUUUACUAGCUUAUUCAUCUUUCCCAUAUGGGCUAGCGACGAGCUUCAUGAUUCUACCAUCUCCAAAUUCGAUGCCCUUGCCACCUCUAUUCAAGGAUGCUUGGAGGAAUAUUUUAGUCUUGACUAUGAAAUGGAAAGCAAGCCAAUCUUUAGCUUCAGCAAAUGCAAAGCGGUUCUAAACUCCAAGUCCAAGGAUGAAUCCUUGGCAAACUUUGCAAGAUGGGAACCAUGGCAUGGUAAAUUUGGGCUAACUUAUCCAUGGGACAAGUACCUAAAGAUAGGAGAGGUUCUUAGAGAAUUGGCAGCUACCAUUCUUUCACUUAAAGCUUGUCUUCAGUACCCUGGAGAGGCGCCGUUGCAAACUGUGAGAGAAUCGAUAAAAGAAGCAUGUGAAGAAGUAGGGUCAUCACUGGCAUCAACUUUAAAGGAGCUUGGAGAAAGCAUGAAGAAAAUGAGAAAAUGCAAGACGGAGGUGCAGAAGUUGAAAUCAGUGAGAAUGGAGCUGAGUGAAGUCACAUCUCCUUCAAGACUGACGCAACUAGAGAAUGCUGAUGGACUAGCAAUAGCGAGCUUUGUGUUCUGUUUGAUGGCCAUGGUGGAGAAGCUAGAAGAAUUGGCCAAGGAGGUGGAAGAACUUGGAGAACUUGCUUCUUUUACAUAGCUAAUUUAAUUAUUGUUAGUAAAGAGAGAUCACAUAUUGAUAUUGUAUUGCAAAUAGAAGUUAAUUUAAAAAAAAAGAAAUCUUGAGUAUUCUUGAGAAAUUAUCUCGAGAGGGAACAUGGAGAGCUUAUCAAUCAUGAGCAUUAAACAGAGAGGCAUUAAGGUGGUGUAUAAAUUUAAUAAUAUAUUGGUAUUCUAGUACUAUUAAAAUAUUUAGAAAUAAAUAAAAUUCUUCAUUUUAA